ACUUACUUAAAAUUUAUUAUGAAGAUCUUCUUGUUCAUAAUAUUAAUAGUUUCCGUGUUUCUGGGAAUCUCGUCCUUCCCUAGACAAGCUGAUAUCACCAAAAAUGAAGAGAGGAUUGUCGGUGGAAAUUCAACUACUAUAGAAAAGCUUCCGUAUAAUGCACAGUUAUAUGUUAAUCAUGAAUUCUGGUGCGGAGCAACCAUUAUUUCACCAAAAUGGGUCCUCACCGCAGGUCACUGUACUGAUGAGCAAAGUACAAGCAACGUUACAUUAAGGGUCGGUGCUACCGAGUAUAAUCAAACAGCAAAUGAACCAGUUACUCUAGCAGAGAUAUACAUUCAUCCCUUGUAUAACAUUACAACGCUAGACUACGAUAUAAGCAUUCUCCUUCUGAAUAAACAUCUUGCUUUUGGAGAAAAAAUUGCUGCAGUUGCUUUACCACCAUCCAACGUUGUUUUACCUGCGGGAACAUUGGCUACCGUUUCCGGUUGGGGUCGUUUGGUCUAUCAAGGUGAUAAUCCACCAGAACUACACGAAGUAACUGUGCCAAUUGUUAGUAAUGAAGAAUGCGCUCUUGAUUACAGUAACGAUACCGGAGUCUACGUUACUGAUAGAGUUUUAUGUGCUGGUUAUGAAGAAGGGGGAAAAGGAGGUUGUAAUGGUGACUCUGGAGGACCACUGACAGUGGAUGGUAUUCUGUACGGAUUGGUUUCUUCCGGUGUAGGUUGUGCUGAAGCCGGAUUUCCGGGUACCUACGUCAACGUUUCAAGUUUACGCUCCUACAUCGCGUCAGUGACAGGACUUUGACUGCUUGGAUUUGAUAACGUACUUUUAGAUGUGUAAACCACUAUAAUCAAUAAAAAACGAGUAGUAUUGCA